CUCCACCCCUGUCACCCUUGUCACGUGGAUCACACCAACAUGGCCGCCACCAGCGCUUGUGUGGAAACUCCGCCAAGCACGGACAUGUCUUUCAAGAAAGCCCUCGCCGUCGCGUCUCCUCUCACUUUACACAUCGUGGCGGAGUGUCCGGUGACAAAAGCGAGAGCGUGCGACUUGAAGUUGCCGCACUGCGUCGUUAGCACGCCGGUUUUCAUGCCGGUCGGCACCCAGGGGACCAUGAAGGGAAUAACCGCGGAUCAAUUGGACGCUCUCGGAUGUCAAAUUUGUCUGGGGAACACGUACCAUCUGGGGAUGAGGCCGGGGCCUGAUUUGAUCGAAAAGGCCAAUGGUUUGCAUGGAUUCAUGAACUGGAAAAAUAAUCUGUUGACGGACAGCGGAGGCUUCCAGAUGGUGUCUCUCGUUGAACUCUCCGAGGUAACGGAGGAAGGGGUCACGUUCAAGUCCCCGUACGACGGCAAAACCAUCCUCCUCAGUCCGGAAAAGUCCAUCGCCAUACAGAACAGUCUCGGUUCAGACAUCAUGAUGCAGCUGGAUGACGUGGUGAGCAGCACAGUGACGGGACCGCGUGUGGAGGAGGCCAUGCAAAGAUCCAUUCGCUGGCUGGAUCGUUGCAUCGCCGCCAACAGUAACCCGCACAAGCAGAACCUUUUCGCCAUCAUCCAGGGCGGGCUGAACGCCGGGCUUCGCAAAACCUGUCUAGAUGAAAUGACAAAACGCGACGUUCCCGGCUUUGCCAUCGGGGGUCUAAGCGGAGGGGAAGAAAAGGAUGACUUCUGGCGGAUGGUGACGCUCAGCACUGACCACCUGCCUCGAGAAAAGCCUCGCUACCUCAUGGGCGUGGGGUACGCCGUUGACUUGGUGGUGUGCGUCGCUCUGGGUUGUGACAUGUUUGACUGCGUCUUUCCCACCCGAACGGCGAGGUUCGGCUCGGCGCUGGUGCCCUGGGGAUCCCUGCAGGUCAAACACAAGCAGUAUGCCAAGGACUUCAAGCCCAUAGACCCCGACUGCCGGUGUCCCACCUGCAAAAGACAUAGCCGGGCGUACCUGCACGCUCUGUUUAAGAGCGACACUGCAGCCAUGCAUCACAUCACCAUCCACAACAUCGCCUACCAGCUCAACCUGAUGCGUUCCGUGCGGCAGAGUAUCGUGCAAGGCCGCUUCCCGGACUUUAUACGCGCUUUCAUGCGCCGUAUGUUCCCAUCCCGUGAGCAGUACCCCAGCUGGGCUGUGGAUGCUCUGGCCUCCGUCAACAUCACCUUGGAGUAACAUUUUUUUUUUAAUACGCAGAAGAUAUAUCACACAGAUAAACAAUGACAGAUUUUCUAUCGUUUUUUAAACACAUGAUUGUUUUGUAUUUGUUGUUUACAUUUGCGUUAUCCUAUUCUGUGCGUGCGUGGGCGUUUUGGGAGGGGGGGGCAGCUUUAGAUCAACAGGAUGGAGCUUUUAUUAUGUGGCGCGGCAAACAACCUGCAGCCUGAGCAAAUUGUCCUCGGAGUAGACAUUAUGAUAAUAUGCCACUGGAUGGGGUUUAAAUGAGGUUUGGAAAAGGGGGUGGGGGGGGGCGAACAAACACACAAACUGUGUCUCACGCGAUGCGCACAAUUUUUUUUGGGGUGCUGUCGCCAUGGUUACAUGGUGAGGCCCACCCACUUGAAAGGAGAAAUGGUUUUUUUUUUUUCGUCUUGCCUGUCAUGCUUUUGGCACGGAAGAGUGUGCUGAAAGGAGGCGUGUCGUUCGUCACGGCAAGCACAAAUGUGAUGAGUGCGGGCGUUUUGGUGUCUUGUUGUACAUCGCAAGCGCUUGCUCAUCUUUACGGCCAGCAGAGGGCAAAAGCUCAGCACUAUUCGUGAUUUUUAAACUACAGCUGUUAGCUUUGUCCUCUCAACACCACAUUUGGGAGCUUUUAAGCGAGGGUACAAGCAUACCGAUUUUUCAUGUCUUAACAUUGUUUUAGGGAGCUAGGAAUUGAGCUAAAAAGCAGGCCCCAUUAUCGGUAUGUGUGCGCACCGGCUAACUACUGACCCUGUUGAUUUCAUUUAUGACAACUCAUCACUUGUCUUAUGAUGGAGCGUUUUGCAAAACUGUCAUGUGCGUCGUAAAUGCAGUUAAAAGAGAUUUUAGGGCAGGUUAGGUUUUGGGGUAGCUGUUAAAUGUUAAAAAGGGCUCGUCAUACAUUUGAGCAUUUAGUGAAUAUGCUCACUUCAUUCUCAGGGGAUUGAAUCAAUCAGCUGGACUGUCCAGGUUGAAAACGAGACGAUUGCGGCUAGUCCAUGGGCCAAACUGGAUAGCAAGGAUGUUGACUAAACGCUCCAACGGGCCGUAUAUGUGUACCAAAUUUUGAAUAAUCUCACAGCUAGCAAAACGGUUCACCGCUCUAGCGCCGAACACAAAGUGAUUCAACAUACGAAAUGCACAUUUUUAAAUAGCUUUUUUUUUUUAACCACCUCCCAAAUAUGCUCAUAUUCUCUCCUCUCUGCGUCUAUGCGAUUAUGAUAUCUUAAUUAAUCACGGGAUUAUAUUUACAGUAUGCAUUUCAGCUGUUUAUUUUGAAAUAUGCCUGGCGAGAAAGAGGAAAGUGGCUGGUGCUGAGGCUGAGUUACCAAACCGUGCA